AUGGAGUUAUCGCGCCUAGAGGACAUUGAUGGAUUCGAUGCCAUCUCCAACUUUAGCCCAAGUUUCGUUGAAGGACUGUCCGAAGCCAUCACCUCGGACAAUAGGGAUGAAGAAAUACUCGAUUUACUAGACAUUCAAAUCGAAGUUGAAUUCGACUAUUUAUAUGAUUAUUACAUUGAAGGAUAUUUCUCCGAUGGUAUUCUGGAAGCACCUGAUCUUCUUGACGAAGCCAUAUUUCUGGAGGAGUACCACUCCCGAUUAAAAGAGGUUUAUGACGAGGUGAAGGCUCAAAUCAAUUUAGGUUUACUUUUUCUCGAGAGAAAUCCAGGUAAUGGGCUGGAGUGGAAACUCGAUCAGACUUUUGGAGAAUACCAAGAGCAAGAGAAGGUACACAAGCUAUUUGAGCAAUUCAAAGAAUCGAGUGCUAGAAUUGCAGCCCCGUCAACAAGAUCUGGAGUUGUACUUGAAGACAAUGACUCCAAGACUUCAGCGACAGAGACUCGAAAUACAGACAAGGAUAUCAUCGCAGUGUCCGCAGGUGGGCAGCGCAAUCCCAUUCCAAGUGACUCUGGGAUAGGAACAAGAGUACGCGGGGGAGGAUCAACCACCGAAAUUGACUCGCUUGAUUGCAAUUACCACGAGAGGGACGGGCAAAGAGAGAAAAGAGUCAAGUUUAGGCGUAUCUGGAACCACUCUACGAUAUCACGAGACGAAACAUCCGCGAACGCUUUCAAGCUUCUCUAUGCUAUACUUUCUCCUCACAUAGUUUCACAGGGAGAUCAAAGACACGACCACGACCGCUUUUCAUCAGUAACGGGAACAGAAGUACUGUUAGAGUACCAGCAGAGUCAUACAACGCAAACAGGAGUAUCGAAUCCGCAGCUUGGAGAGAUUCCCAGGCAAGGGACAUUGUCUGAUCGACAGGAUUGGAACACUCUCAAUGCUCAAAAGGUGCGAUUGCAGCAAACUCGCCAGAAAUUGCUCUCGAACACAUUCCAGCAAACGUCCACCCUCAACGAUAAAAUCACGGGUGCUUCAGUGCCAGUAAUCAACAUGGCUCGGAAAGACCAAGAAUCAGAGGCGCCUACAGGACAAGGAGAUCAAAAUGGAAACCAGGUCAUCGACCACGAUGCCCGGGGAAUUGAUCUGGAUGACUCCGAGGCUGGACAUCAAAAUCUCAAACAUCGCAUCGCUUCAUUAGAACGAGAAAACAAGAGGCUGAGGACAAGUCAGGCGGUUACUCCGCGUUGCCAGGUUCUAUACUUCGUCAACAACAGAGCCUCAGGCCCACAACCACCAGGCAAAGCCCCGCCCAGCACGGCAUACACAGACAAGCCAACGUGGUCAGUAGGUCCAAAUGGCGAAAUCGUGCUGACAGCGCACUUUCCAAUUCCAGACGUGUCUGGGUUUUUGCGCCAGAGCCCCGAUAUCGCAUUCGUUGUUUGUUAUUACUAUUCCCAUACAAGUCAGGAUAACGAGGUACAGAACGCAGCGAGAGCGAAACGAAUGCUACCGCAGCCGAAACCUACUUCGGAGAUGUUAAGACUUCAUUCCCUGGACAUGAUAGAGGCAGUUGAAAGCUUCUUGGCGCUGCAGCCCAAGUUCUCCAAUGAGUUCCCGUCCUUGAAUAUCCGCGGUCCACUUCAUGCGCCGUACCUAUUCUGGUACCAUUAUCGCUCUGCGACGGCGCUCGAUGUGCUGAGUCCAACCCAUAAAAACACCAUGCAGCUGCUGACAGAGUGGAUCGAGGAGCACUACGCUGAGAAGUUUGAUCACGUGGAUGACCAACUAAAGAGGGGUGUCAUAUCAGAGGACACAAUGCCGUUCCUGGUGAAACCGGGAAAUGUCUUGGUUUGGAAGGAGCAGCACGAGAUCAAUGCUGCAGUUGCUAAAAGUUGGGCAUAUCGGAAAUCACCGAUGACCGUUGUUCAAGAGAGAAUAGGCAAAGAACAAGACUGGACAGGGGAUGGCAGCGCAUUCGAAAAACGCAAGACAACUUGGACUGUGGACAGCUGGAAGUUCAACUAUGACGGCAGAUUCUACCGCAAAGAACUCCCAGUCAACAUCGAUCUCAGCACGUACCAGCCUCAGGAUGAAUUGCAAAUCAAGGAGCUGAAAAUCCAUCCUUUGGAAUAUGCCGAAUCUCAUUUCAAAGACGCCCUGGAAAACCGAGGGACUCUGUUUUGGAAAUGUCGACAUCAACAUCUCGUAUCCUACGAAAGCUUGCCCCGCGAAGAUCAACGCAAUGAACAAAACAACGGGGAGCGCUUCAUGGUAGACUUUGAGACGUACAGACAACUACAUUCAUCGUCAAGUACCUUCAAGAUGUCGUAUCCAAGCAUUGAUGACGAUAAAUGCCAACGCAUGAACCCUGAGACCAUGGCAUCUGAUGAACCACCGUCAGCACCCGACAUCUAUGUUUUUCCAAAUACAAUUCCCGGAUACAACCUACGAAGCAAGAAAUGGGUCGACUUGAACGUUGAUAUGAUUCGGAACGUAACAUGGAACAAGAAAUCUUUUGACCAUCUGGUGGUAGACGAUGAAACCAAGGAGCUGGUCCAAGCUCUAGUCAAACACCAGAUUGCCAGUCAGAAAAGCACCGAUAUCAUCGACCGCAAGGGCAACGGUUUGAUCAUCCUGCUUCAUGGAGGACCUGGCACUGGCAAGACUUUCACGGCCGAGAGUGUGGCUGAAAUGGCUGAAAAGCCAUUAUUCAGAAUAACGUGCGGUGAUAUCGGCACCGAGCCGGAAAAGGUCGAGAACUAUCUGGAUUCUGUGCUGCACCUCGGAAAGAUCUGGGACUGCAUCGUUCUGAUCGACGAAGCCGAAGUCUUUCUUGAACAACGAAACCUCAACAAUUUGGAGCGCAAUGCCCUUGUCUCCGUCUUCCUACGUGUACUUGAAUACUACGAAGGGAUCCUUAUCUUGACAUCGAACCGUGUUGGCACGUUUGAUGAGGCCUUCAAGUCCAGAAUCCUGCUGUCUUUACACUAUGAGAACCUGACCGAAGGACAGCGCACCAAGAUUUGGAAGAACUUCUUCAAGAGGCUGAAGGAGAUGGGCGAAGAAAAUGACAGAAACGAAUCCUCGCUAUCUUUGUCUUCCCUGACGGAACCUGGGUCGCGCAAACGCAAAUUCCAAGACGAGACCCAAGACGGGACUGAAGGUGUCGAUUUCGACGACGUUGAAUGCUACAUCACCGAGUUGGCCAAGCACGAAUUGAAUGGUCGACAAAUCCGCAAUGUCAUUACGACAGCACGGCAAUUGGCCGUGUCGAGGAACGAGCUCAUGAGAUACAAACACUUGGAACAUGUCAUCAAGGUAUCCAGCAAGUUUGACAAGUAUCUCAAGACGGUGAGAGAGGGUUUCUCGGAUGAUCAAGUUGCCAGGGAUGAGGGGAUCAGGUAA